AUGGCAAGCACACGAGCCGUCCUCGCCACGGCCCGGCUUCGCCAUCCUCACCCCCAGACGACACUCUCUCUCAUAAAGCCCAUCUCAACGCCAUCAAAACCACAACAACCCUCCCAAAGCCUCCGAAAAUACACAACAACAGCCACAACCACCCAGUCCAGCCCCCGUCCCGCCAGAACAAGCUCCAAAUCCCGCAGAAUCCCCCUCCUCGUCACCGCCGCCAUCCUCGGCAGCACAAUCUACUACCUCGCCUCCCCGCCCUCACGGCCCACCCUCCUCAACACGGAAACCUUUGUCCCCUACACAAUCACCUCCCGCGAGGCCAUCUCGCCCACCUCGUUCAUCUUCACAAUCUCCCCCCACGCCCCAAACCCUUCUCUCCCGUAUCUCGUCCCUUCCACAUCGUCGUGGCGGUAUCCCCUCUGGUCCGUCGAGUUCAAGCAGCCGCAAGUACAGAUCGCACGGCACUACACGCCCUUGCCUCCGCACGAUGAUGGACAGCAACAGCAGCAACAACAACGACAAGAUCCCGCUGAUGGAUCGCUGAGCUUCUACGUCCGCGCGAUCGGAGGCGGCGAAAUGUCGACGUAUCUGAGUCGUCUGGGCGUCGGGCAGGACGUCUGGUUGCGAGGCCCUCACGUAGGCUUCGACGUCGUCGCUCGCCUCGGCGAGAUGGACAACGUCGUCUUCCUCGCGGGCGGCACGGGCGUCGUCCCAGCAAUGCAAGUCGCAAAGGCAGUCCUGGACAAGAGCCCGGAAGCACACGUCACUCUCCUCUGGGCGAUACGCAGGAGGGAAGAGCUCCAGCAACAACAAGCCAGCACCGUCCGAAAAAAACAACAACCCUCAUGGUGGCAGUUUUGGGCUGCCACCAAGAACAGCGGCGAACCAGAGGAGCUGACUGCCCAGCUGCAACAUCCGAGCCCCAUCGCAAAGCAGCUCACGGCUCUGAAAGAGAAGCACGGACAGCGGCUGCACAUCCAAGUCGCCAUUGACGAAGAGCAGACGCACUUCCGCGAGCUGGAUCUCCAAAGAGCCAUCAUCUCGCCAGGACCCCCCUUGUCCUCUUCUUCUUCUUCUUCUUCUUCUCCCCGCCGCUCUACUUCAGCGUCAGGAUGCCGUCUGCACGAUUCGGCAAUGCUGGAGCUGGCCCCCGAGUUUGAAGCCCCGGCCGCGGCAGAUGACUGCAAAUGCGGCCGCGGAGCUGGCAAGAACCUCUUUCUGGUUUCAGGCCCGGAUGGCUUCGUUGCUCACUAUGCCGGGCCCAAGAGGUGGCUAGGCGGCCAGCAGGUGCAAGGGCCCGUGGGCGGCGUGGCGGCUCGGCUUCAGAGAAGAUACCCGUGGCUGGCAGACGACUGGCUUGUGUUGAAGUUAUAG